CGAGGCAAACCCAAUUCCCUUUUGUUUCCUCCAAGCAGCUCUCCUCUCACUCACACACCCAUUCAAAAGCUCUCACAUACCAUCCAUCUGCAGCCGUCUUCUAUUUUCCAAACUUGUCCAUUUCGUUCAUAUCAAUUCCAUCAAAACAUUCACAAUGUUCGCGGCCAACAGAAUCAGCGGAGCCAUCGCUCGCACCAGCAAGCCCCAGACGACCCGUCUGAUGUCCACUAUCCGGGCUCCGGCACGCAUUCAGAGCUCAAUCAUCAGCAGCACCCGUCAGCCCGUCGCCAAGCAUGGUCUGUUGAUGAACAGCGCCCGCGGCAGCAUCAACUCGGUUAUCGCACGCAAUGCCAUGCAAUCGCGCGGCGUUGUCGCCGAGACGGCCGCUGCUGCCAUGAUUGCCGCCGCUAAGGCUCAAGGUGCCGGUCUUGCCACCAUUGGUCUGGCUGGUGCUGGUGUCGGUAUCGGAACAGUCUUCGGUGCCCUCAUCCAGGGUGUCGCUCGCAACCCAGCUCUUCGUGGUCAGCUUUUCAGCUACGCCAUUCUGGGUUUCGCUUUCUCGGAAGCCACUGGUCUUUUCGCCCUCAUGGUUGCUUUCUUGCUCAUGUACGUCUACUAGAGCUUCGGCACCAAGGACAUUUCGAGAAGAGACAUUUCGUCGAUGCUCGAGGAUCUUGAAAAGGCCCACAGUCAAUCGUCACCGCCGAUUCGAGAUGGGUCCAGCCUAAAAGUUUGGAAUCUGGGGAGAUCCUUGUAAAAUAUCUCGGGAGGGAAGUGGAGUUUAGAUGUGGACGAAGCCUUAGAUUACGGGUUCGCUUGAUGGCUCGUGCUCUACCGUUAGGGGCUCGGCGUUAAACUCGAAAAGAAAUAAACGCUCGGCAAGCAAUGGUCAAUUUCCUUGCGUCUUCCAAAAGCACUCUCUUUCGUCUGUUCCGCUGAUGUCAAGAGCUCUAUUUAAGCCUUAUUUUUCGUACGAGUGAUAUUCUUAAUACAGCCGCCGGUGGUCAAAAGAGACACGGCUCAAUUCUCAAGACCAA